AUGGCAGUAAUAUUCAUAUCACUGCACCAAGAUGCAGGGGCUGUGGUGGAUGGAGCUCGCAGCUACUUGGAGGCGUGGACAAGAAUUCAUGAAUCCAUAAUCACACCUUCGUCUCAAAAUGACCUUUCUUGUUGGAGGAAACCUCCCCCUGGUUGGGUUAAGUUGAAUGUGGAUGCAGCUAUUAAUAAAGGCCUAAACUCUACUGGUCUGGGCUUCAUACUCUGCAAUGAGGACGGCAACUUUCUGGCAGCAAAGGAGCAAAAGUGGAGUGAGGAGAUCGGGCCAACCAGGUUCACAUCAGAAGCAGAAGCUAUCAGAAUUAGGGAAGCUUUGAAAUGGAUAAAGGUUAUGAAUGUUGACAGAGUCCAGAUUGAAACAGAUGCUCUUCUUGUUAUUCAAGGACUAAACAAUCCAAAGUUGAUAUCAUCUUUUGAUUUAGUCUUAGAGGAUAUUCGUAAACUAGCUAAUGAUUUUCAGUGUAUUAGCUUUAUGUUUGUUAAGCGGUCCGCGAAUACGACAGCUCACCUACUAGCUCGAGAAGCCGUAUUCAUUGCUGAUUGCAUCAUUUGGGCAAGCUUGCCCCCUUCUUUCUUGUAUGAUGUUCUUACUUUGGAUAAUGAAAUCUAA